AUGGACGACGACUCUGAACCGCAGGUUUCGCGGCGGACCCUUACCAUCAUCCUUGCCACCACCAUCCCGUCGGUCCUCCUCAUUGUAGCCAUCGCUACUGUCCUAUGCUGCAGAGCCCGUGCCCGUCGGGCCCGGCUCUUCGACCGUGGCAUCACGCCCAUCGGCGAUGAGGAAAUCGAGUCGUGGAAACGGAACCGCAUGCCCCGCAGCAAUGCCGGACAGGAGGAGAAGGUUCACACGCCUGCCACCCCGCCUCAGCGCCAUGACUCCAAGUACAAGGGCCAGGCUGGCAGCCCUAACCACCGCACAACCGCGUCGGCAAGCUCUGUGCAGAAGCCCGCCGCCGUCAUCGUUUACCAGACGGCUCGCACGAGUGAAGAUGUCCCAGUUUCGUCGUCUCCCCCCAACGGCAAGCGGAGCUUCGACGUCGCCCCCGCCGCUGUCCUAGCCCGCGCGCCAAACUCGCGGCCGGGGUUGACGGACGAGACGGUGCAAGGAGAAGACGCCUUUGUCGUGACGCAGAUUAAGCGGAACCCGUCGCGGCUGGCCAAGGCACCGCCGCCCGUGUCGGGCCCAUCGCCACCGCGCCACGGCCGCAGCAAGAGCACACGGGCAACUAUGACGGGCACGACAGGUGCCCAAGACCUGUGGUACGGGCAGCAGCCCGAAUGCCCUCGGCCCCCACGGCGCUCAGCAGACGUGCCGUUCCCUUCAUCUCCCUCGCGCAGCCAGGCGGUGACGUACUCGUCCCGCUCGACGCCGCAGCGCACCUCGUUUGACGACGAGCACCACUUGGGUGGCCUCUCGCCCCGGCCGCUGAUACACCAAUCUGAGAUUGGGCGGGCCAUCGGCUGA